GUCUGCAUCCCAGGACGAGAAGACAAGUCCAACCCGAAAGCGCGACACACAGAAGGAGAAGCCUUUCAGUUAGACUUUUCRUUGGACUUUCUUUACAUGGGGACGAGAAAUGACAUCGUCGACGGGCGAAAGGAGGGCGUUUGCUCAUAAAAUCAACCGGACGAUCGCUGCAGACAUCAGAAAACAAGUGACAAGAGACUAUGGCUCACCUCAGAUGUCGAAGAAACGAGGAGGUGCACAUCACCCUUUGCCCCUGACCGAGGUGGUUGAGCCCGUGGACUUUGAGGAGUAUGUGAGCAGUCACCCUCCUGGGGUGGAGCUCGGCCCCCUCAGACAGCUCAUGGAGUUCCCUCAGGAUGACCUUGAGCUCCUGCAGCAGGAGAAAGAGUGCACUACACUGGAGCCCCCUCUGCCUGAGGAGGAGGAUGUUUUUCUAUGUAGCUCUCUGGAUCCGAGAGUGAGAGAUGCCUUGGCAGUCUACACAGAUGACUGGCUUGUUAUUCAUAGAAAAUUUCAGCGCUACAGCACCACAUACACCCCUCAAAACUCUGAGCGACAGAGGGAGAGGCAGCGAGGUCUGGUCAAACAGACCUUUGAACUGGAUGAGGCUGCUGCCUCUGAGCGCCAGGACGACCAGGAUGACUCAAAGCGGCGAUCAGUUAACCUGGACGAGACUCCUCGGGGGAGCUGGGCCUCCAGCAUCUUUGACCUGAAGAACUCCUCCCCAGAUGUGCUGCUCCCGUCUGUGCUGGAACGAACAGCUGCAGAGGACAUGGACCGCCUCAACACCGAGGCACGCUCGCAGGGGCGCCACAGCGACCUGCUCGGCCUGUACCCUCCCCCUGACGAGAUCUCUGAAAAUUUUUACUUUGACCUGAACUCUGAUCAGAUGAAGGGAUUGCUGAAGCCUCACACGCCUCACGUAGCCAUAUCCACACUGGCUCGCUCUGCCAUCUUUUCCAUCACAUACCCUUCCCCUGAUAUCUUUCUGGUCAUCAAGCUUGAAAAAGUCCUUCAACAAGGAGAUAUCGGUGAAUGCUGUGAACCCUACAUGGUGAUGAAAGAGUCUGAUUCCUCUAAGCACAAAGAAAAACUGGAGAAGCUGCGUCUUCAGGCAGAGCAGUCUUGUGCUCGUCUCGGCCGUUUCCGCAUGCCCUUUGCCUGGACGGCCAUUCAUCUGCUCAACAUCGUCAGCAGCGUGGGGAGUCUCGAUCGGACGGACCCAGACUCCGACUCUGAACGGAAGGGUCACGGAACCUGGAAUGAAAAAAAGAAGAAGGGAUUCGAGAGGAUGAGUGUUGGGGAUGAGAUGUGUAACUUUGCUACUUUCCGCCCAGCGACACUCACAGUAACCAACUUUUUCAAACAGGAGGGUGAUCGACUGAGUGACGAGGACCUCUACAAGUUUUUAGCAGAUAUGCGCAGGCCGUCCUCUGUCCUGCGACGACUCAGGCCUGUCACAGCUCAGUUGAAGAUCGACAUAUCCCCAGCCCCAGACUUGCCACACUAUUGUCUGUCACCAGAACUGCUGCACGUGAAGCCKUACCCUGACCUGCGUGUUCGGCCAACCAAAGAGGUGCUGGAGUUCCCAGCGCGCAACGUAUACACACCGCACACCACGUACAGGAACCUGCUCUAUGUUUACCCACAAAGCCUGAACUUCAGCAGUCGUCAGGGGUCAGUGAGAAACAUCGCUGUGAAAGUUCAGUUCAUGGCAGGAGAGGACCCAAGUCAGGCUUUACCGGUUUUCUUUGGCAAGUCGAGUUGCGCUGAGUUUAUGAAAGAGGCCUACACUCCCAUCAUCUACCACAACAAGUCCCCAGAGUUCUACGAGGAGAUGAAGAUGAAGAUUCCUGCCAAUCUGACAGACAACCACCAUCUACUGUUCACCUUCUACCACAUCAGCUGCCAGCCCAAACAGAACACUCCUCUGGAGACCCCUGUGGGCUACACAUGGAUCCCUUUGAUGCAACACGGCCGACUCCGCACCGGCUCCUUCAGUCUGCCCGUGUCUGUGGAAAAGCCUCCGCCUAGCUACUCCGUGCUCACUCCUGACGUUCAGCUUCCAGGCAUGAAGUGGGUGGAUAAUCACAAAGGAGUGUUCAAUGUCGAGGUGACAGCAACCUCCUCUGUUCACACUCAGGAUCCACACCUGGAUAAGUUCUUUACUCUGGUUUACGUUCUUGAGGAGUACUCCUUCCCGUUCCGCCUCAAGGAUGUAAUUAUAACCGAGGCAAACAUGGAGGCGGAGCUGAAGGCCAGCAUGGCAGCUCUGAGAGGGGCUCAGCUGGAUACCUGUGUCAGGUUCUUACAUCAGCUGCUCAACAAACUCAUUCAGCUCAUCGUGUACCCUCCAGUCAUUGCAGGUCAAAUUGUGAACCUUGGCCGAGCCGCUUUCGAAGCCAUGGCUCUGCUGGUCAACCAGAUCCACAAAAACCUGGAGGGAAUCCAGGAUCAGCACGGCCGCAACAACCUGCUGGCAUCUUAUAUUCAUUAUGUUUUCCGCCUGCCCACUGCUGAACCUGCAUUACCCCCAACAGGCUCCCAGUCCUAUGAAAUGCCUGUGCAGUAUGCUACCUUGUCCAGGGCAACAGGCCGCCCAAGCAGUCUGCAUCUGUCACGUUCAAAGAGUAUUAGUAAUUCCAAUCCUGACCUGGCAACCACUCCAGUUUCCCCUGACGAGGAGGUUCAAAGGAUCAUAGGAAGCAAAGGUAUUGACCGCUCCCACUCCUGGGUAAACUCUGCUUAUGCCCCUGGGGGGUCCAGAUCUGUGCUACGCCGGAACCCCAACUCCAGCUGUGARCUCAAGCAGGCAAGCGACCUGAGCAGCAAUCGCAUGUCUGCCUUUCUGGACAGCGUGGCCUUGUUAGCAGCUCCCACAAGGCAGAUUAUAAAGAAGUUGCUCCAUGAGGAGCUGGCGUUACAGUGGGUGGUCAGUACCAGCRCAGUGAGGGAAGCAGCUCUGCAGCAGGCCUGGUUUUUCUUCCAGCUAAUGACGAAGAGCAUGGCUCAUCAUUUAUUCCUGACCUCCAAACUGGACGCCCCCAGGCGUCAGCGUUUCCCAGACCGCUUCAUUGAUGACAUCGCUGCCCUUGUGUGUGCCAUCAGUGCAGACAUUGCCAGCCGAUACCAGAAGGAUGUGGAGCUUGUGGAGAGGUUAAAUAGCAGUCUGGCCUUCUUCCUGAAUGAUUUGCUGUCUCUCAUGGACCGGGGAUUUGUUUUCAUCCUCAUUCGCUCCUACUACAAACAGAUUGCUAACAAGCUCCACACAGCUCAAAAUCCCAGCUCUUUGAAUGCCCUGAGGAUGGACUUUAUUCGUAUCGUCUGCAGCCAUGAGCAUUAUGUUAUCCUCAACUUACCCUGCUCCACUCUGAGCCCCCCGGCAUCCCCCUCGCCUUCCACCUCGUCCACAACGUCACAGAGUUCAGCGUUUUCCAGUAUGGUGCAGGACCAGGGCGUGGCCACCAUGUUUGAACUCUCCGUGCCGUUUCGCCAGCAGCACUUCUUGUCCGGGCUGCUGCUCAGUGAGCUCUCUCUCAUUCUCGAUCCUGAAGGCGAAGGGGUUUUCUUCCUCCAUAAGAAGGCCAUCAGCGCCRUCCACUCUCUACUGUGCAGCCACGAUGCGGACCCCCGCUACAAGGACUCUCAGGUCAGAGCUCACCUGGCUAAGCUCUACCUGCCGCUCGUCCCCAUCGUCAUGGAGACGCUGCAUCAGCUCCACGACUUCUGUGACUCGUCUGCCCGCGUCCGUCUUGCCGUCACCGUCGCUGAAGAUGCUGACACAGACAGCAACAUUAUUAGUCAGUCUGUUGCCAUGGCAAUCGCAGGCUCUCCUUUGCCGCAUGCCAAAGCAAACCCGUUUUUGCUCCCCUCAGUGGCCACUCGGCARUCCAGCUCUCUGUCUGCUGAGUGCAGCCGGACCCUGCUGGUGUGUUUCCUGUGGGUGCUGAAGAACGCAGAYGCAGCUCUCCUGGAGCGCUGGGUUUCUGAUUUGUCUGUACUACAAAUCAACCGUUUGUUGGACCUGCUUCAUCUCUGUGUCUCCUGCUUUGAAUACAAGGGGAGGAAAGCUCUGGAAAGGAUCAACAGCCUGACCUUUAAAAAGUCUCAGGACAUGAAGGCCCGCCUGGAGGAAGCUAUCCUGGGUACUAUAGGAGCCCGACAGGAGAUGGUCCGCCGCUGUAAAGAGAGAGGUCCUUAUGGCACCCAGGAGAAUGUCAGGUGGAGGAAAAAUGUCACUCACUGGAAACAAAACACAGACAAAGUUGACAAGAGUAAGGCUGAGAUGGAGCAGGAGUCUGUGGUGGAUGGAAAUCUGGCCACUGAGGCCUCACUGAUCGUCCUGGACACGUUAGAGAUUAUAGUAAAGACUGUGGUUGCGUCYGAACUGAAAGAAAGUGUUUUAGGCGGGGUUCUGCGAGUUCUUCUCCACAGCAUGGCAGGCAACCAGAGCGCCCUCUUCCUGCAGCAUUGCUUCACUACACAGAGGGCUCUUGUUUUCAAGUUCCCAGAGAUGCUCUUUGAGGAAGACACGGAGCUUUGUGCAGAUUUGUGCCUCCGCCUCCUCCGCCACUGCAGCAGCAGCGUCGGUCCGGUCAGGAGUCACGCCUCGGCUUCUCUUUACCUGCUCAUGAGGCAGAACUUUGAGAUCGGAAAUAACUUCGCUCGAGUAAAGAUGCAGGUCACCAUGUCUCUGUCCUCACUGGUGGGAAUGUCACAGAACUUUAAUGAAGAGCAUCUUCGUCGGUCGUUAAAGACCAUCCUGACAUACGCCGAAGAAGACCUCGAGCUGCGGGACACACCUUUCCCAGAGCAGGUCCAGGAUCUGGUCUUCAACCUGCACAUGAUUCUUACUGACACUGUUAAGAUGAAAGAGCAUCAGCAGGAUCCUGAAAUGCUCAUCGACUUGAUGUACAGGAUUGCCAAAGGCUACCAGAACUCUCCUGACCUGCGCCUGACCUGGCUUCAGAACAUGGCAGGGAAACACUCGGAGCGAGGAAACCACGCCGAGGCGGCCCACUGUCUGGUCCACAGCGCUGCRCUGGUGGCAGAAUACCUCAACAUGCUGGAGGACUGCCGCUACCUGCCUAUUGGUUGUGUCACAUUUCAGAAUAUCUCCUCUAAUGUGUUGGAGGAGUCAGCCAUAUCUGAUGACAUUUUGUCUCCGGAGGAGGAAGGCAUUUGUGCCGGGAAGUAUUUCAGCGAGUCAGGUCUUGUGGGCCUCAUGGAGCAAGCAGCUGCCUCUUUUAACAUGGCGGCCAUGUAUGAGGCUAUAAAUGAAGUCUACAAGAUUCUGCUGCCCAUCCAUGAAGCCAACAGAGACUUUAAAAAGUUGUCAACUGUCCACGGGAAGCUGCAGGAUGCUUUCAACAAAGUCUACAACCAAAGUUCAGGAUGGGAGAGAAUGUUUGGGACGUACUUCCGUGUUGGUUUUUAUGGUUGCCAGUUUGGAGACUUGGACGAGCAGGAGUUUGUCUACAAGGAGCCUUCCAUCACCAAAUUAGCUGAAAUCUCCCACAGGCUUGAGGAGUUCUAUUCAGUGAAGUUUGGUGAUGAUGUAGUGGAAAUUAUCAAGGACUCCAACCCAGUGGAUAAAAGCAAACUGGAUCCUAGUAAGGCCUACCUCCAGAUCACCUAUGUCGAGCCUUUCUUCGACACAUAUGAGCUAAAAGAAAGAAUCACYUACUUUGAUAAGAACUACAACCUGCGCACCUUCAUGUACUGCACCCCCUUCACGCUGGACGGCCGGGCUCACGGAGACCUGCACGAGCAGUACAAACGUAAAACCAUCCUUACCACGUCUCACGCCUUCCCCUACAUAAAGACCCGCAUCAACGUGAUCCACAAGGAGGAGAUUAUCCUUGUGCCCAUGGAGGUGGCAAUCGAAGACAUGCAGAAGAAGACCCAGGAGCUGGCUUUUGCCACGAAUCAAGACCCUGCAGACUCUAAGAUGCUUCAGAUGGUGCUGCAGGGCUGCGUGGGCACGACUGUCAACCAGGGUCCCCUUGAAGUGGCGCAGGUCUUUCUUUCGGAGAUUCCCGAUGAUCCAAAGCUGUUUCGCCAUCACAACAAACUGCGUCUUUGCUUUAAAGACUUCACAAAGAGGUGCGAGGACGCCCUGCGCAAGAAUAAAGCCCUGAUCGGGCCGGACCAGAAGGAGUACCACCGAGAGCUGGAGAGGAACUACCACAAACUGAAAGAAGCUUUGGGUCCUCUCAUCAACCGCAAGAUCCCCCAGCUGUACAGAACGCUGCCAGCUCCGGCCACACAAACACAACGAAACUCCUACACCAGGUCCAGUUUCCGCAGAGUCGACUGCUGAGGAGCGGAAAACUGGAAAUCCCAAAACGGCAAGCUGUAAAAACGAUCACAUCUCAUCCAUUCUUAUCGCUCCCCCCUCCCCCGCCACUACACACCAGCUGUCUCUCUCACACACACACCACCCUCUUCCUCGUUAUUUUACCCCCUCUCCCCCCCCCUCCACCUGCCCAGCCUCCCAGUCAAGCCUCAAUCCCACCCAGCACCACCACACACACGCAGACACACACUGCUAGUUGUCACCUCUUUCCCUGCUGAACCAUCGCCACCAGUCUCACACCUCUGUUAGAAAAAAAAAAAACAAUCUCAGCUGUUUACACUGGAAGGGUAUCUGCUCUGUAAACAUUGUCAUUUGGUUGUGAGGCUCUUCAGAUGCCAGAAAGCUUUCCAAAGUAAUCCACUCACUGAACUGACGACCCAAAGUAAUCUGUUUGAGCUCAAUCUGGCUACAACAGUCGUUUUUCUUUACCAGACUGCAGCAACCAAACAUGUUGUGAUCCAAUUCCAAGCAGCCUGUUUGGUGUCAUGACGUGUUUUUUUUUUGUAAAAAAUUUUUUUAAGCUAACUCUGGUAAUAGCCACGACCAAAGUUUAAAGUUUUGUGUUGCGAUGAGCUUUCGUUUGUUGUAAGCAGACCAAAUAACUGACAUUCCUCCCUUCUCGAGUUGUAACAUUUAUCUGCUCUCGUCUCUCGUUAGGAUAUUUCAAKAGGUCUCGUUCUGUGCAAGCUCCGRUCUCAGGCUUGUAAAUAAGGAAAAUGCCAGAAUCGAGGUGUUUAAAUGUUUGUUUUUUUCUUUUUAGCUUUUAAACUGUGAAAUUCUGUGUAAUGCACUGCAAACUCAUUAGAUGUUUAUUGCAGAAACACUGCCGUCAGUCAAACAAACAUCUUUAAACUCUAGUAUCAUCCUGAAGUACUGAAUAUGCUUAGACAGUGAGAUCUGUGCUGUUAUAAAGCACCCUACAUGUUCAUUUAAUGCCCAUCUCUGUUUAUCAAAGAUUUCUUUGUUUUUAUAGGCCUUCCCUACUACUGUAUGCAUUAAAUUGCACUGUUAUAUAAAAAAACUGGCACACUAACUCUGUAAUAAUGAAACUAUACUGUUUGCCCUUUUAUUUUAUGCAUUUAUGAUGAAAACUGUUUUUUUUACCAUUUAGUUUUUUAUUUAUUUACCUUGUCUUCUAUUAAAACGUUCUUUCUACAGA